AAACAGGUUGUAUUUCUGGUAAGGGUGGCGCAUCAUCAGGCAGGAGCAUCCAGAGGAGCAAUAGAAGCUGUCUAAUGGCCGCGGUGUUCCCUGCAGAUCUCCAGCAGCUAUUGGUCAUAAAAGAAGAGGUUCCCAAUGAAUGGAACCCCAGUGUGGACUCAAGCCUCUGGAAAAAUCAAAAGAAAGAACAAAGUAUUGGGCCGGAGGAGGAUAUCAGCAGGUUUCCAUUCACUACUGUUCAUGUGAAGAGGGAAGAUGAAGAAAAGAAACCUCGAUUCUUAAAGGUUCAUCAAAGCCAAACUGAAAACAACAGAGAGACAGAGACCCGAGCUAGCAGCUCAGCUGAACAGAGGAAAAUAGAAAUUGAUGAAAAAGACUGUGGACCAUCAGAGCCAUUUAGGAGCCCGCAUCCAUCCAAGUCUUCUGAGACUGAAGUCAGUGAGGAUGAUGAUGAUGAUUGGCAGGAACCUUUGUCAGACUGUGGACUUGAAGCUGAUAACAGCGACAGUGGGUUGAAUAACAGCGGAAUGCCUGAGUCAGGUGUAAAUUAUAAUUUGGGAUGUAACACUGAAAAAAAGUCUUUAAGCUGCACAGAGUGUGGUAAACAGUUUGUCUGUGAGCAGUCUCUUCAGAAACAUGUGACAUGUCAUUCAGAAAAAAUACCUUCGAGCAGUUUGGUGAAUAAGAAAAGUUGCAGAGUGGAGCAAAGUGUCCAUUCUCAGAUGAAACGAUUCGGCUGUGAUGAUUGUGGUAAACGAUUCAACCAAAUGAAAGAUCUUAGAGUACACAUGAGAGUCCACACAGGAGAAAGACCAUUUGUUUGUGAUGAGUGUGGAAAAAGAUUUAGAUAUCAAGGAAGUCUGAAAGUACACAUGAGACUCCAUGCUGGAGAGAAACCAUUUUCGUGCGAUAAAUGCGGUAAAAGAUUUAGCCUAAAGACAAAUCUUAACAGACACAUAAGAGUCCACACUGAAGAGAAACCAUUUAGCUGUGAAAUUUGUGGACAGAGAUUUAACUAUAAAAGAAAUCUUAACAUGCACAUAAGAGUACACACAGGCGAGAAACCCUUUAGUUGUGAAGAUUGUGGACAAAAAUUUAACCAAAAGAUAGAACUUACAAGACACAUGAGAGGUCACACAGAAGAAAAACCAUAUGUCUGUGGUGACUGUGGUAAAACAUUUAGUUAUCAAUGUAAUCUGAAGACACACAUGGCACUUCACAAGGGAGAGAAACAGUUUGUUUGUGGUGUUUGUGGUAACAUAUUUAACCAAGAGGGAAAUCUAAAGAUACACAUGAGAGUCCACACAGGAGAGAAACCAUUUGGCUGUGAUUUUUGUGGCAAAAGAUUUAAUCAAAAGAUACAUCUUGAGACACAUAUUAGAGUUCACACAGGGGAGAAACCUUAUGACUGUGGUUUUUGUGGCAAAAGCUUUAGACACCAGUGUAAUCUAAAGAUACACAUCAAACUCCACAAAGACUAGACAAAAACAAACAUCCUGUCUCAGCAUGAUGCUGAAAAUCUAAUUCAUGUAUUUAUUACUUCCAGACUGUCCUAAAAGUUCCCAGAAAA